CGCGGUCCCGGCGCCAUGCGGGCGUCGCUGCUGCUGUCGGUGCUGCGGCCCGCGGGGCCCGUGGCCGUGGGCAUCUCCCUGGGCUUCACGCUGAGCCUGCUCAGCGUCACCUGGGUGGAGGAGCCGUGCGGCCCCGGCCCGCCGCAGCCCGGCGACCCUGAGCUGCCGCCGCGCGGCAACACCAACGCGGCGCGCCGGCCCAACUCGGUGCAGCCCGGGGCGGAGCGCGACCGGCCGGCGGCGGGCGCGGCGGAGAGCUGGGAGCCGCGCGUCCUGCCCUACCACCCCGCGCAGCCCGGCCAGGCCGCCAAGAAGGCCGUCAGGACCCGCUACAUCAGCACGGAGCUGGGCAUCCGGCAGAGGCUGCUUGUGGCCGUGCUGACCUCCCAAGCCACGCUGCCCACGCUGGGAGUGGCCGUGAACCGCACGCUGGGCCACCGGCUGGAGCGCGUGGUCUUCCUGACAGGCUCUCGCGGCCGCCGGGCCCCGCCGGGCAUGGCCGUGGUGACCCUGGGCGAGGAGCGGCCCAUCGGGCGCCUGCACCUGGCGCUGCGCCACCUCCUGGAGCAGCACGGCGACGACUUUGACUGGUUCUUCAUCGUGCCCGAUGCCACCUACACCGAGGCCCACGGACUGGCUCGCCUGGCCGGCCGUCUCAGCCUGGCGGCCGCCGCGCACCUCUACCUGGGCCGGCCGCAGGACUUCAUCGGGGGAGAGCCCGCCCCAGGCCGCUACUGCCACGGAGGCUUUGGGGUGCUGCUGUCCCGCACACUGCUGCAGCAGCUGCGCCCCCACCUGGAAGGCUGCCGCAACGACAUCGUCAGUGCGCGCCCCGAUGAGUGGCUGGGCCGCUGCAUCCUGGAUGCCACGGGGGUGGGCUGCACCGGCGACCACGAGGGAGUACACUAUAGCUACCUGGAGCUGAGCCCUGGGGAGCAUGUGCAGGAGGGAGACCCCCGUUUCCGCAGUGCCCUGACCGCCCACCCUGUGCAUGACCCCGUGCACAUGUACCAGCUGCACAAAGCUUUUGCCCGAGCUGAGCUGGAACGCACAUACCAAGAGAUCCAGGAGUUGCAGUGGGAGAUCCAGAACACCAGCCACCUGGCAGCUGACGGCGAGCGGGCGGCCGCCUGGCCCGUGGGCAUUCCCGCACCAUCCCGCCCGGCCUCUCGCUUCGAGGUGCUGCGCUGGGACUAUUUCACAGAGCAGCACGCCUUCUCCUGCGCCGACGGCUCGCCCCGCUGCCCACUGCGAGGGGCCGACCGGGCCGACGUGGCCGACGUGCUGGGCGCCGCCCUGGAAGAGCUCAACCGCCGCUACCACCCGGCCCUGCGGCUCGAGAAGCAGCAGCUGGUCAACGGCUACCGGCGCUUCGAUCCUGCCCGCGGCAUGGAGUACACGCUGGACCUGCAGCUGGAGGUGCUGACCCCGCAGGGCGGCCGCCGGCCCCUCACCCGCCGGGUGCAGCUGCUGCGGCCCCUGAGCCGCGUGGAGAUCCUGCCUGUGCCCUACGUCACCGAGGCGUCGCGUCUCACCGUGUUGCUGCCUCUGGCUGCGGCCGAGCGGGACCUGGCCCCUGGCUUCCUGGAGGCCUUCGCCACCGCGGCGCUGGAGCCGGGUGACGCGGCUGCAGCCCUGACCCUGCUGCUCCUGUACGAGCCACGACAGGCCCAGCGGGCGGCCCACGCAGAUGUCUUUGCGCCUGUCAAGGCCCACGUGGCGGAACUCGAGCGGCGUUUCCCGGGUGCCCGGGUGCCCUGGCUCAGCGUGCAGACAGCUGCACCCUCGCCGCUGCGCCUCAUGGACCUGCUCUCCAAGAAGCACCCGCUGGACACGCUGUUCCUGCUGGCCGGGCCCGACACGGUGCUCACGCCCGACUUCCUGAACCGCUGCCGCAUGCACGCCAUCUCUGGCUGGCAGGCCUUCUUCCCCAUGCACUUCCAGGCCUUCCACCCGGCCGUGGCGCCCCCCCAGGGCCCCGGGCCCCCGGAGCUGGGCCGAGACACGGGCCGCUUCGACCGCCAGGCGGCCAGCGAGGCCUGCUUCUACAACUCCGACUACGUGGCAGCCCGCGGACGGCUGGCAGCGGCCUCGGAGCAGGAAGAGGAGCUGCUGGAGAGCACGGACGUGUACGAGCUGUUCCUGCGCUUCUCGGGCCUACACGUGCUGCGCGCCGUGGAACCAGCGCUGCUGCAGCGCUACCGGGCGCAGGCGUGCAGCGCGCGGCUCAGCGAGGACCUGUACCACCGCUGCCGCCAGAGCGAGCUGGAGGGCCUGGGCUCCCGCACCCAGCUGGCCAUGCUGCUCUUUGAGCAGGAGCAGGGCAACAGCACCUGAGCCCGCCCUGCGCCCCGGAACCCCGGCACGGCGGCACCCCCUCCUCCCCAACGAUCCGCAGCCCCCUGCCAGCCUCGCCGGACAGGGCUGGCCGUGGCCUCGGAUCCCAGGGCAGCCCGCGGGCCCCACUCUCUAGCUGUGUGGGUCCUCGGGCUCAGGACAGGCCCCCCGGGGGAGGUACCUUCGGAGCCACCCCUCCCCACCCCCAACCUGGUCUCCCUGUCUCCCACCCUUGACGCUGCUGAUUCAGGCUGUGGCCCCUUGAGUAUUUAUGCAGUGCAGUCUGCCUGACGCCAGCCCCAUCUCCUAGGACCUCCUGGGAGUGGGCUGUAGAUGAGUGGUUGGGGACGAGGGGAGCCGAGAGAGGAAGGUGGGGUAUCUCCCAGCUUCUCCCUUCUGGACCUGGAUGAAGGUCCCUGCCUUUAAUAAACUGGUUGAGUGUGGACUAA